GCCAGGAGGCAUAUGCAAAGAAGAUACUUGAAAGCUGUAGCAUGGAGGAUUGCAACCCAAGUUUUGUUCCAAUGGAGCCUCGACUGAAACUUAGCAAAAGGAGUGAAGCCUCUGCGGUUGAUGCAACGGAGUAUAGAAGUGUGGUCGGAAGCCUAAGGUAUCUUGUGAAUACACGACCGGACUUGGCCUAUUCCGUUGGCAUAGUGAGUCGCUUCAUGGAAGCGCCCACGACUGAACAUUGGGCAGCUGUCAAACAUAUACUCAGGUACAUCAAAGGGACAACAAACUUCGGUUGUGUCUAUUUGAGAGAGAAGAAGGAGAUGGUGGAGCUACUUGGCUAUAGUGAUAGCGACCUGGCAGGAGAUGUGGACGACCGUAAAAGUACCUCGGGAGUGGCAUAUUUCUUGGGCGGGAGCAUAGUGACUUGGCUAUCACAAAAGCAAAAGGUGGUUGCAUUAUCAUCAUGCGAAGCGGAGUAUAUUGCAGCUGCGACCGCGGCGGGUCAAGGGGUGUGGCUAGGAAGGCUACUCGGUGACCUCACAGAUAAGGAAGCAGAGAGUGUGGUGCUCAAUGUUGAUAACAAGUCUGCGAUUGCCCUAUGUAAGAAUCCAGUGCAUCAUGAUAGGACGAAGCACAUCGACAUACGGUAUCAUUACAUACGGGAGUGUGUGGAAGAAAGCAAGAUUGAAGUCAACUAUGUUUGCACCGACGACCAGCUUGCAGAUAUCCUGACCAAGUCUUUGGGGCGGCAGAAGUUCACGGAGAUGCGGGGAAGGAUUGGCGUCCAAGCUGUGAAGUGAGGACAUCGUGC